AUGUUCAGGCAGACCAAGCGCAGAACCGCCGGCCGCAGAAACUUCGAGGACGUGGCCGUGUACGCAGACGCGUCCAGGGAGCUCCUCUACCCCUCGCGCCUCUCGUUGUACGACACCCCGCCCACCGAGGAAAUCACCUUGGAGCAGUUCGAGUCCUGGGCCAUCGACCGCUUGAAAGUGUUGAUCGAAAUCGAGUCGUGCUUGGCGCGCGCCAAGACGUUCAAGGAGACCGAGGCCAUUGUGCGCCCGCUUUUGCUGCGGUUCUUGCCCCUCUCGCCCCUGGCCCCCACGGCCGCGUUGGACCAGGCCCGGCUGGCCGAGCGCCGCAAGGACUACUACUCGCACUACACGUUGAGAUUGGUGUUCUGCCGCACCGAGGAGCUCCGCAGGAAGUUCGCCCGCAACGAGGCCACCUUGUUCAGGAUCCGGUACGCCAUGCUCCAGCCCGCGGAGCAGCGCGAGUUCGCGCGUCUCAACGCCGCCAGGUUGGCCUGGGACUACAUUUCCGACGACGAGAAGCUCGCGUUGCUUGACUGCUUGUACGCGGCCUCCGGGCCCACCAUCCGGGCCGUGCUCUCCGCCGAGCGCGCCGGCGAUUCCUCGUUCAGCCUUACGCCGGAGCAGCUCAGACUGCACAUCCGCGAGAAGGAAUCCUUCGUCAAGUUGCCCUUCGAAAAGGUGCCGCAGUUGGUGGCGCUGCGGCAGGUGUACUUGAGCCGCGGCUCGGCGUACAUCCCGGCCGUGCUCCAGGCCAGCCUCUUGCAGGGCGUCUUCCAGGACCUGCUCGCCGAGGCCCUCGUCAAGACGCUCCGCGCGCUCCCGCGGCUCGAGGAGGACGACCGCUUGCUUCCGCUCCUCAACAACCUCUCCCGGAACUUCUCCAGCGUGCAGUACGAGGCCUCCGGCGACCCGGCCCAGGCGUCCGACAUCACGGCCGCGUCCGUGUCCACGCCGCAGAUCAACAGGCACUACCCGCUCUGCGCCACGCAUCUCCAGCGCAACUUGAAGCUCAACUCGCACUUGAAGUACGACGGGCGCCAGCAGCUCGGCUUGUUCUUGAAGGGCAUCGGCCUCAACGCCGACGAGGCCUUGAAGUUUUGGGCCAACGAGUUCACCAAGACCGGCAAGAUCAGCAUGGACGCGUUCAACAAGGAGUACCGCUACAACAUCCGCCACAUCUACGGCUUGGAGGGCAGCCGCGUCAACUACAAGCCCUACGACUGCAGCACCAUCUUGGCGAAAAAGCGCCCGCAGCGCGGCGAGUUCCACGGCUGUCCCUACAGAGACUUGCCGCCUGAGCUGCUCGUCGGCAACUUGAACGACUUGGGCAUCACGGACCAGCACGACAUCAACAACAUCCUCGAGGACGUCAACAAAAACAGCUUCACCGUGGCGUGCACCAAGGUCUUUGAGAUCACGCACAAGCUGCAGAUGGCGCGGGCGGCGAAGCCCGAGAACCUCCACAUCACGCAUCCCAACCUCUACUUCGACCGCUCGCGGCAGUUGGAGAAGAACGAGACCAAGGCCAAGGCGCCCGGCCACACUUGA